CUCUCAUUGACAUUUCAACUCCACGACGGAUCCAAAGGUAGAUAGAUUUUAAUCGGGACCUAUAAGUUUCUGUCGCUGCGGCGCGCGGAGGAGAGAUCCGGGGAAGGGAAGAAGGCGAAUUUAUGCGCACAGGAUACUGGUCAGACACGUCUACUGCCUUUUCAUCCGGGAUAUCCCCUCCGUCUACGCCGAAGACCACUGGAAACUAAUUUUUCCUCUUCUAAACUUCCCGAGAGAGACUGAUCCUGGUCAGCUUUUUUUUUUUCUCUCUUUCUGUGUGGAGAACUAGGCUGUAGCCUGCAGUUUGCCAAGGACUUUGACAACGACGCAGGAUGCCCCAAAAAGGGAGACAUUAAGUAGUGAAAACGGCAGAUGAUUGACUAAAUUGUUAUAGAGUGGACAGUCAACUCUGUUUCCAGGCAAGUUUAAUUAAAAUACAUACAUACACUCAGGAUGUUAAAAUUCAUGAUGCAUCUAUAAUGUUUAAGCACCAGAUCCGCAAAUGAAAUUCAAAUCGAACGAGAUGAGAACCUUUAUUUUUUUCUUAAAAAAAAAAAAAAAAAAAAGAAAUGUUGCAAAUAAUUUGACAGUAGCCUUAAGGGAAAAAAAGAUCUGUACACUAGGUUUAUGAUUUGAUGCUAACCAGCUUUGUUAUUUCCUUGUGAUGCUUAGAAUACCACAACCAAGCCACGUGGGAGUCUGGCGUAGCCUCAAUGAUGCAGAACAAGGUGUAUGACAUCUGUGAUGAAGGUCACAGUGGCGUAAACCAGCUUGGUGGUGUGUUUGUUAAUGGUAGACCGCUGCCGGAUUCCACCAGGCAGAAAAUAGUUGAACUUGCUCACAGUGGUGCUCGACCCUGCGACAUCUCCAGGAUACUGCAGACCCAUGAUGAAGUCCAAGUGCUGGACAGUGACAAGGUAUCCAACGGCUGCGUGAGCAAGAUCCUGGGCAGAUACUAUGAAACUGGCUCCAUAAGACCGAGGGCAAUAGGCGGCAGCAAGCCCAGGGUCGCCACUCCAGAGGUGGUCGCGAAAAUCGCGCAGUACAAGCGGGAGUGUCCGUCUAUCUUCGCGUGGGAGAUCCGUGACAGACUUCUGUCGGAGGGGAUCUGCACCAACGACAAUAUACCCAGUGUGUCAUCGAUAAACAGAGUCCUCCGCAACCUGGCUAGUGAAAAGCAACAGAUGGGCGCAGAUGGCAUGUAUGACAAGCUGAGAAUGCUCAACGGUCAGACAGGAACUUGGGGGACCCGGCCCGGCUGGUACCCCGGAACAUCAGUGCCAGGGCAGCCCAACCAAGAUGGCUGCCAACAACAGGACGGUGCAGGAGAAAACACAAAUUCCAUCAGCUCGAACGGCGAGGAUUCAGAGGAGACACAGAUGCGACUGCAGCUCAAGAGGAAACUACAGAGAAACCGCACGUCCUUCACACAGGAGCAAAUCGAAGCUCUGGAAAAAGAAUUUGAAAGAACUCAUUAUCCCGAUGUUUUCGCGCGAGAGAGACUAGCAGCGAAAAUCGACCUGCCCGAAGCAAGAAUACAAGUAUGGUUUUCAAAUAGGAGAGCAAAGUGGAGGCGAGAGGAGAAGCUGCGGAACCAGCGCCGGCAGGCCAACAACUCCUCCAGUCACAUUCCCAUCAGCAGCAGCUUCAGCACCAGCGUCUACCAGGCCAUCCCGCAGCCCACUACACCGGUGUCUUUCACCUCGGGGUCAAUGCUGGGUAGACCUGACUCUGCACUCACAAACACCUACAGUGCGCUGCCCCCCAUGCCCAGCUUCACCAUGGCAAACAAUCUACCUAUGCAACCCAGCCAGACCUCCUCUUAUUCCUGCAUGCUGCCUACCAGUCCGCCUGUGAACGGGCGGAGCUACGAAACAUACACGCCCCCUCAUAUGCAGGCACAUAUGAACAGCCAAUCAAUGACCACUUCUGGUACCACCUCAACAGGACUCAUCUCUCCUGGAGUGUCUGUCCCUGUCCAAGUCCCAGGGAGCGAGCCUGACAUGUCUCAGUACUGGUCAAGACUACAGUAGAGAGAAGAGCUACUUCACCCUGUAACCACCCACUCCACCAUCGCCCUCCGGCAGUGCUCCUCACACUUACACGGCACAGGAGAGUAGAGAAGGCGAGAGCGGGUUGAGAAGAAGCAAAGGACAAGAGGAGGAGAAGAGAGGAGGAACGAAAGAAAGAAAGAAAGAGAGAGACUCUGGGAGAGCCUUGGGACGUCUGGGCUUUGUUUUUCCAGUGGGACUGUGUGCUGUUCUGUAGCUCUAGGCACAUUCAAAUGAGGACUUGGAAGAGAGAACAACAAUGGAAAGACAGAAAAAAAUGGACCUCUGUAAAGUGCCCGGUGUUAAAUUUUUAUGGAACAAAAACUUAUCUGUUUUUUUUUUUUCUAUUUCCAACUUCAGUCAUUGUUUCCUUUUUUCUCUGGUGUGUUAGUAAAUGGCCAUUUGUAUGUUAAUAUGAAAAACCAAGAUCAAGUACUGAUAGAUGGACUGCUAGAAAACCAUGUUGGUCUUGCGUUUGUUUGCGAGGAGAACCUGAGAGAUUCUGCCAUGACUAUCUUUUAAUCUGCUUAUAUCGAGACUUUCUACCAGCCUUUGCAUGGUCUCUGGACGCUGUUGCAUAUCAUUAAAGACGAAAAGCUGGAGGGAAGACUCUUACUGUGUCAAAAAAAAAAAGAAAAAAAAUAUUUAUUGGUCUUAUUUCUUACGAAUGGAUAUUUAGCAGAGGAAACUCAAACUUGAUCCAUCCACUGAGGCUGUGGUCUUGACUCCUCUGACAUGACGUUUGCUGGCUUAUUAGGCACGGAUCACUAUCAACAGCUCAAAGUGCGCAAAGACGGUGCGGCAUGCAACACAACUUGGACCUCUUGCUUCGGUGGUUGGAUUGACUCUAGAUUACCACGAAGAACAUUAAAUGUGGAAAACAGGUGUAAAAGAAAACCUGUAGUCUGUAAAUGGUAGACUGCGUCUUCGAUAUAAUCCAGUUUGUUUAUGUCAAAAUGUAAAGUACUUGUCUUCCCUAGAAAUCUUCCAGAAAGAUUUCUCCAAUAAAAGUUGAUUUCAUUUAUA